AUGGCGGGUUCACCAGUCGUAACACAUACGGUUGAAGCCGCUCAGGCGCAAACCCUCGGGCGCGCGAUCUCUUCACCUCUUAAGAAUGUCACUUCGCAAACCUCUUCUUCCAAUGGAACGCCAAUGCCUCCUGUUACUUCUGCGCCUGCGCCAACGAGCAUUCCCACCACACUCGAUCUCGCUGAGCAAAUGAACGACGAAGAGAAGCGCAAAUAUGUAAAGGGCAAGAAGCUAGGUGAAGGUACCUACGCCGUUGUCUUUCUGGGCCACCUCCGCUCAAAGCCCACCACCCUCGUCGCCAUCAAGAAGAUCAAGGUCCAGAAAGAAUACGACGAAGGCAUGGCCCCCGACGCCGUCCGCGAAUUAAAGCACCUCCAAGAGCUUUCCCACCCAAAUAUCAUCUCCCUCCUUUCCGUCUUCUCUUCCAAGGACCAGAACCUCAACCUCGUUCUCGAAUACCUGCCUCUAGGCGACCUGGAAAUGCUCAUCCGCGAUACCGAAUCCGUCCGCUACGGUGCUGCAGAUAUCAAGACUUGGAUGGGCAUGCUCACUCGUGCUGUCUGGUUCUGCCACGAAAACUUUGUGCUCCAUCGUGAUAUCAAGCCAAACAACUUGUUGAUCGCGGAUGACGGCGAGGUUAAGCUUGCCGAUUUUGGUCUUGCGCGCAGCUUCGCCGACCCCCAUCAGCUAAUGUCCUCGCGCGUCAUCACCCGUUGGUACCGACCUCCCGAGCUUCUCUUUGACGCAAAGCACUACAGCGGCGCCGUUGACGUCUGGUCCGUUGGCGCCGUCUUUGCCGAGCUCAUCAUGCGUGCGCCCUAUAUGCCUGGCAAUACAGAUCUCGACCAGGUCCGCCUCGUUUGCGAGCUCGUUGGCACCCCAACGGACGACAAUUGGCCUGGCGUCACUAAGCUUUCUGGCUAUGCUGUCCCCGAAAAACACCCUGUGCGCGGGAAGGACUGGUACGAGAUGCGCUUCGGCACGGUCGGUUCUGAUGGCGUAGACUUGCUCAUGAAGACUCUCAUCCUUGACCCAAAGAAGCGCAUCACCGCCCGUGGUAUGCUCGAGCAUCCUUGGUGGCACUCCGAGCCAAAGCCCACGCGCAAGCAAGACCUUCCCCGAAAAGGCGGCACAGGAGCUGACGAUAAAAUGGGCGCUGAUCUCAAGCGGCGUCCAGGCGUAAUUGACGAUGAUAGAGGGUCCAAGGUUGCUCGCAAGCUCGACUUUGGCGGCAUGAACUAA